AAUAUGAUAUUUCUUAUGCUUAUAUAAAAUAUCUCUUGCAUUCAAACUAAUUUUUUGUUCUCACUAAUUUUUUUUUUCGCUUACCCAAUUUUGGCAAUUUUUAUUUGAUAAAAAUUGAAAUUUUCUUACAAAGAUCUCAGUCCCCCCCUUCUGAAAUUCCUGGCUCCGCCCCUCCCACCAGCAAUUGAUUUAAUAUCUUCCAAAGGAUAAAGAUAAUCAGAUCUAACUUAACACUAAUCAGCAGCCUCUAAUCAUGUUCUUCUAUAAGCCGCCACAUUAGUUAAUGCAUGCAACAUGUGAAGUGUCCUAGAUUCCCUGCAGGCAGGCUCUUUCAAUUUAAUUCUAUCCUAUCCAAAAACUUGUGAUAAAAAGGCUUCUAGCAUUGUCCCUAAUCAAUCACAACAUUAUGGGGGUGCCAAAUAUCUCAACAUUGCUUCCUCUCAUAGCUAUCCUAGCCAUUGUGACAUUUUCACAAACAGGUUAUGCUCAAGACUCACCUGCAGACUACCUUGAAGCUCAGAACAGAUUCCGUUCCUAUGCUGGGGUUGCUCCUUUGGUAUGGGAUCAAAACCUUGCCAAUUAUGGAAAAAACUAUCUGAAUAGAUUCAGGGGAAGCUGCGAGAUGGAACACUCACAGGGUGGUCCUUAUACCGAGAACCUUGCAUGGGGGUUUCCUGACUUGACAGGCACUGCUGCUGUGGAUAUGUGGGUGAAUGAGUGGCCACAUUAUGACUAUAACUCCAACUCUUGUAUUGGUGGUGAGUGCAGGCACUACACUCAGGUGGUGUGGCGCGACACGCUUCGUGUCGGGUGUGCCAAGGUCAGGUGCGACAAUAAUCGCGGCACACUCAUCAGCUGCACCUAUGAUCCCAAAGGGAACUAUAUUGGUCAGAGACCUUUUGAUAUUAGUCCCUUUGAAGUUCCCUUGAGCUUCAAGCAUCAUGAUAAGGAAGUGGUUGUUGAGAAGAACUAAGAUUUUCAGUUUCUUGGUAGGCACGUUUGUAUGAAUUCAAUAAAAGCACCAUGAGUGGCAAAUUUGUAUUACAUCUAUCUCUGGAUGUAGAUUACAGAUUCACUACUGCAUCACAAGUGUUUUUCUUUUUCGGUUUUUACCCAUGUCACUGUCCUUUCGAGAAAAAGUUACAUGUUUCUUUUA